AUGUUUAAUGUUCAAAGCGCCAUUAAUGCUGUCCCUGAUUCAAGCCCUUCCAAGACUCUCAUCAUCGUUAAUUCGGGUUCUUAUAGGGAAAAAGUUACGGUUAAUGAGAACAAAACAAAUAUUGUACUUCAAGGAAGAGGAUAUGAAAAUACAUCCAUUGAAUGGAACGAUACAGCGAAAUCCACCGGAGGCACAAUCUAUAGCUUCUCAUUUGCUGUGUUUGCAUCUAACUUCACGGCUUACAACAUCAGCUUCAAGAACAAUGCGCCAGAACCAAAUCCUGGUGAAGAUGAUGCACAAGCAGUAGCUCUAAGGAUUGAAGGAGACCAAGGUGCUUUUUAUGGAUGUGGAUUUUACGGCGCUCAAGACACCCUUCUAGAUGAUAAAGGAAGACAUUUUUUCAAAGACUGUUUUAUCCAAGGGUCCAUAGAUUUCAUAUUUGGCAAUGGAAGAUCACUCUAUCAGGAUUGUACAAUUAAUUCGAUAGCAAAAGAGAAUAUAUCAGGGGUUAGCGGAUCUAUCACAGCUCAUGCAAGGCAAUCAGAAGAUGAGCAUACAGGAUUUUCUUUUGUAAAUUGUAAGAUAGAUGGAAGUGGGAAAGUGUGGCUUGGACGAGCAUGGGGAGCCUAUUCUACCGUCGUGUUCUCAAACACUUACAUGUCUGGAAUUAUCAAUCCAGAAGGAUGGAAUGAUUGGGGCGACCCAUCAAGAGAGAAGACAGUGACUUUUGGAGAGCAUAAAUGCUAUGGAUCUGGAGCAGAUUACAAAGAUAGGGUUUCAUAUGGAAAACAACUCACAGAUUCAGAAGCAUCUUCUUUCAUAGACAUUUCUUUUAUAGAUGGCGAUAAAUGGCUUCAUCAGAUUAACAAGAUCAUAAUGCAUAAAUAUACAAGAUCAUAUGAGCUUACAUUUGAAGACGAGCUUACCAGAUUAUACUAA